AUGCACCCAUCCCACAUUAGUCAUGCUCUCGAAAGCGACCUGCAAGAUGAGUUGAUAUCCCGCUCCGCAGGCUCCCUGGCGGCUGAGUCCUCAAUCUCCGAGCGCGAGCCGGAGCUUCCUCAAUUGCGAGUGGAGGGCCUACGACUGGUGGCUGCGCAGUGGUCGAACGGAGGAAUCGAGAGGGACAGCGAUGAGGUGGAAUAUGAGAUGGAGCUCCCUCCGAUGGUCAUCCGCCUCUCCCGUGGCAUGUCGCCCUCGCAUGGCCGCUGGUACUUGUGCCCCCUCAUCAUUGCCUACGCGGACGCCUUUGGCACAGACCUCGCAGAUCCACCCGUGGCCCACGUCUACCUCAGGCAGGGCGUUCGUGGCAUUCUGGAAGCGGGGCUUUGUGAAGCCGGGGUAGAGAUCUGGGGUGCUGACCUGGGCAGGCAUGCCCAGGUGUUCCUUCAUGGUGUGAGACAGGUGGACUUCUCCUGGUGCUGCUCAGGGGACCACCUGGUUGCGGGACAGGAAGGGGGCGACUCGUGGAAGUCUACCUUUGCGCGGGCGUGGCUCGCGCGGGCGCUGAAGACCAGCUCGUCUGAGCUGGAGGAGCGGCCGACCUGGCGCCAAGCGCACGUCUGCAGCUCGGACGACUUCUGCACACAUCUGGAGGAUGGCGAAGAGGUCUACGACUUCGAUUCGCUGUCUGCGAGGACCGCACACACCCUGAACGAACAGCGGGUGGACAUUGCCAUGCGCUUGGGAACUACCCCCAUCAUUGUGGACAACACGAACAUGGAGCUUUGGGAGAUGCAGCGCUACGUCGCCUUGGCGAAGAGCUACACCUACGCGGUACGGGUGGUCGAGCCUGGCACGUUCAAUCCUGACUGGAGGGACGUUGUCCAUCUGAUGCAUCGCAACGCACAGCGAGCCCAAGCGGGCAAGAACGUGCCAGUGGAGGUGCUCAAGAAGAUGUUGGGCCGGUACCAGCCCUUCCUAGGGGACCUGGGCGCCAUCUCCGGUGCCUCGCGCCCGGACCUUGCGGACAGCGAUGGUUGGAGUCAGGAUCUCCGAAUCGACCCUACAGAUGGCUGCAGCUACACGCUCCAAGACUUUGUGGAGGAGUACGGCGGAACAGAGGAGGAUCCACCGAGGGAGUGGUUCGAAGCCAUGCGCGCGCCGAGGGUGUCAAAGACGAAAGCCAAGGCCCACGCAGCCAGCAGCCGCGAGUCCUCAGACAGCUCGGAGAGCACCUGCAGCAGGAGCUCGAAGCGGAGGAGGAUUCAAGGCGCCUCGUCCCGCAAGCUGGCUCUCGAAGCUCUCUGGCGCGAUCCGGAUCUGACCUCAUGGGCAGGGAGGCGUAGGAAGAUGGAGGAACACUACCAACUCGAGGUCCAGGAGGAUGAGAUGCUGUGCAUCGUGUCCGCCAACCACAGCCAUCCACUCUGGUCUGGCGAGGAUCAUCAGCUUCUCCGCGAGAACCGUGGGACCGUCUAUGAGAAAUCCUCUGGAAGAGCCGUCUGCCUGCCGUUCUACAAGUUCUGGAAUCGAGGAGAGCGUCUGACAGAGGAGAUCGACUGGAGCGAUGCCAUCGCCGAGGAGAAAAUCGAUGGGAACCUCAUGAAGCUCUUCUUCUUCGAAGGUACUUGGCGUUUGGCGAGCAACCGAACCCUCAAGGUUCAUGAGCUGAACGACAAGUACGCCUGCACCGGAAGAACGAACUACCAGCUCUUUGCUGAAGCUGCAGCGAACAGUUCGCUGGAUUACGCUCGCUUGGAUCCAGGCUGCUGCUACAUGUUCGAGCGCGUCCAUCCCGACUUCAGGAUUGUCCUGGACUACCCCCAAGCGAUGCUGUAUCACAUUGGGACCCGGGACAUGCGGACCCUGAAGGAGGUCGAUGUGGACAUAGGGGUUCCUCGACCAAAGCGAUGGGAAGUGCGAAGCGCGACAGCCUGCCAAGCUUUGCUGGAUUCUUUUCAUGGGUUCUGCGAAGGGCUUGUUGUGAGAGAUGCCAAGUUCCGGCGGCAAAAGUGGAAACGACGAGAGUACUUGCUCAUGCAUUCUGCCCGCUAUCUGCUGGGGGAUGAGGAGCCAUGCUACGCCUGGGUCGCCCGGAGCAGCGAAGCCGGGAGGAUGAACGUGGACCGGUUGUGCCUGAAUGUCUGGUUGAGGUCCGAGUCAUCUGAAUUUGCGGCAUACUUCCCGGAGGCUCUGGAGCGCUACCACACGGUCCAGAGGCUGCUGGAAGGAGUUUGCGACGGCCUCGGCGACACCCUUAGGGAGCGGGAACCUGGAAGCGGGCGCUUCCUGCAUGAAGCGACGCUUUGGGAACGCCUCCAGGCCGGUCUGUGUCAAGACGCCAAAAGGCGGGUGUUCUUCUAA